AGUUUUUAUUCAGUUUGCUUUCAUCGUCGUACACGUCAGUUUCAUUGAAGCGAUCAUUAUGAAGUGCAUCGUGAUUUUGAUUCAAGUAUGCUGCUUGUUUGGUCUUGGCCUUGCAGCGACGCCCACAGUUAAAGAAGCCAUGGAUGCCGAGUGGAAUAAAUUGAAAGCAUUUUUGCCAUCGAUGGACACGCUGAAGUUGACUCCGGUGGUAAAUCAAACCGCCUGCAAUUGUGGCGUUUUCCUCAGUGGUCAAUUUAAGAAAGGCUCAUCCGAUCCACCAGUAGGAGUACCAACAUUGAUGCAUGAACAAGAUGCGAUGGUCCCAUGCACGCUAAUGGGGCACAAACAGUGCUCCAACAAAUGUUUGGAAACGAUUGCAAAACAUUUACCAAACUCGCCGGUUAUCCUGUGCGGAAGCAUUGAUCGUGAUGUGUAUAGAGAACGUGCCUACCUCUUUGUUCAAAAUUGCAAUGGAACAUGGGUCAAUACGAACUUCUCAGCCGGCCGAGAAUUUUGCUGCAAAGACGGAUCUCCAUAUAAAUGCCCCAACAAUUUGAUUUGAAUGAAGUUGUGAUUUACGGCAUACCGAAAUAAAAGCCAAUUUUUUUUUCAAAUUUA